CCAGAUAGCAAAUCGGAAUUCAAAGAAACGAGUCGACCAGGGACAGAGUGCGAGACAAAAGGCGAAAGAGGGAAUAUCAGACGUCCAUGACAUUGUUCACGAUGGCCAAUUUGUUAUACUUGAUGAUUUCUGCCACCAUAAUUGCUACUGCUUCUGGUCUCUCUAUAGACGCAGAGGGCCCAAUCAGUGGUCCGUGUUCGCUCUGCCCGAAAGGAGUUCCCGGUCCCUCUGGUCCACCCGGAGAUGUCGGCCUGCCUGGAAGAGAUGGCCGUGAUGGGAGGGACGCUUCAUGCAGUGUCCAACCAUCAGUCAAAAGUAGUCAUGGUAGUGGCGUUGUGUACAUACGAUGGGGAAAAGAUGUUUGCGUUAAUGGAUCAGAACUCGUUUAUGCUGGUACUGCUGCAGGAGCUCGCUGGACCCAUGGGGGAGGCGGUGCUAACUAUCUCUGUAUGCCAACUGAUCCUAUUUAUGACGAAUAUCAGUGUGGUACUGGUGCCCUUCGUGGUCUGCUGUACUCGGCCGAAUAUGAGACAGAAACCUCCAUAAAUCGUCUGCGUGCUCUCCACGAUACCGCUCCAAAAUGUGCCAUCUGUAGGGCGCCCUCUGGGCGAUCUACCAAACUGAUGAUCCCUGCGCGUAACAAGUGCCCUUCUGACCAAUGGCGCCUGGAGUACAGUGGUUACCUCAUGUCGGCCUAUCAAAACCACAAACGUUCCGAGUUUGUCUGUUUUGAUCGUGACAUGGAAGGCGCACCUGGUACAACCGGAGACCAAAACGGGGCUCUCUUCUACACGGUAACCGCUAUGUGUGGGGCAGCAACUGGGCUUCCGUGUGAUCCCUAUAUGGACGAUCGCGAACUCACAUGUGCAGUGUGUACGAUUUAGAAUUGCUACUACUCAAACCAUCGCUACUCAAGCCAUAUUCAGCUCAUUUCAUCUGGUUUACAGUCCUUUUCAGGACUUAAUCACUCACUUUCAAGAAAAGAAUACUUCUAAUUUCCUCUUUUCAUCCUAUCUCGCCUUUCCAUUUCAAUCUUUCUGCCUGUAUUUCCAGUUCCCCGCGGCUUCUUCAUAUUACAUAUGGUGAACCGAAAACCUUCUCCACGUUAUAAACUCCACCAUUCAAACCUAAAUAGAUCAUCUGAUUUAGAAUUUGUUAAGAUCCGAUCGUUGACAAUGGGCCACACCUUAAAGUCAUAAUAAUGCGUGUAAAUUAAAGUAGUCAAUUAAGAUUCGAAACUGUUGGGAGUGUCCUCCAAUAAUAAAGUAGUCAAUUAAGAUUCGAAACUGUUUGGAUAUGUACAUAAUCAAGUCAAAUUACUGUAUUAUUUUUUUUUUCUUUUAUUAUUUAUUUUGCAAUGAAUCAAUUCAAAUAAUGAUUGCUGAUGCCCGUGCUGAUGGAUCCAUGGUGCAUUUGUUUCGCCAAAUUUACUGUUGCCAGCUUCAGUUGUAUACUUUUAAUUCAUAUGUUUCUUUUCAUAUUCUUAUACUGACCUGGAUGGAGGUAAAGGGGUGUGGGAAGGAAGACCUGUGGGUCAUGAUAACUUAGUUAACCUUUCCCAAACCCAGGCAGCCCCUUCAUCUCUAUUCCAGGUCCUUUGUAUUAUGUCACCUAUGUCCUAUUGUUUAUGUAAUUUGUAUUCUACUGUAGUUUAUGUAUUUUGAAUUGCCGAAUCAAUAAUAAUAAGAAGUAAUAAAUUACAUAUAUUGGAACAGUCGUCAACCAAAGGAAUGUCUAGUUAGGCUCUAUAUACUCACUAUAUUACUGAGUCCAUUUGGUUGCCCCCACUGCUACUUUAAUCUGCCAUUAAUUUGCAAUUGUCAAAACUCCAAAUGCAGUACUAAUCAAUAUCAUUAUUAUCAUGUCUGUUAACCUGUACACAGCGAAGCUUCUUAAGGCCUACUUUGUUCAGUUUUCUUAAUGGCAAAUCCUAUUUUCGGAUGAUUUUCAUGGGAAGACGCAAUUUUCAUAAGGAAACGCGGGAAGAAAAUAGGUUUUGAAUUGGAGGGGGAUUUUCCUCCCUUGUUCUGUACAUCUGCUUGCUGCAUAACACUCUGAGCUUGGCCUCUCUUGCAUUGUUUACAAUAUUUUCGAGAAUUAUUGCUUAACAUGCUGGCCACAGAAGAAAUUUCAUGUAUUUGUUACCGUUAUUACAGAAUACGUUAUAUGGCAUAGCCUAUACAUAAUUAUAAUAGAAUGGAAUACUGGAAGCUGAUGGACCAUAUAUCCUCAACAAGAUGAUCGAACCACGUUCGGCCAGCACUCAGUACUUGUUACGUAUUGAUUGAAGUGUAGCCACCAACAAGUCCUUCAAGGACGAUGCAUACAUACUAAAUUAUUAAGAUGAUCAGGGGAUUAUUUGUUGUUUGGACAGACAAUUUAUCAUCAACAGACCGUUACCAUGAUAAUAUCCAGAUGUCUGUGUUUCUCCGCCAAUCAAAACCUUGGACAUAUUUUCGUUAUCAGACGCCAGAUGAAUCCCCGACAGGUCUGAUGCAAUCUUAGCAGUCAACACUUUGAAAUCUUUGUUAAUAGUGUCAUUUGAAUAUGUUUGUUUUUUCUGGUGGUAGGGAAUUCAUCAGAACGGCUGAAAAAUCUUAUUUUCUGGUAUAAUCAUGGGGGUCUAUGUUCUUGAUAAAUUUCAUUAAUUGACAAAGACAAUAAAAGAAAAUGGGU